AAGAUUAGAGAUGGAAUCCUAAAUGACAAUACAAAAACUCUUGCCAUUGGAACUAGGAUUAGGGUUUCGUCUCCCUGUUGUGUGGGUCACUUCCUCUCCUCUAUAGGAGUUUCUUUUUCAUUUUUCCCUUUUGUUUCUUUGCUUUUAUAUAUCUAUACAAGCUUUUGUUGUUUCUUGUGCUUCCUCUUUGAGCUUUUCAUGGCAAUGUUGGUAAGAGAAGGAGCUGCAGCUUUGAGAGGGUUAGGUGUUUCAGAGCGGAGUGCAUUAGAAGCCAAGCUUCUGGUGGCUCACAGAUUGGGAGGAUUACAAGCCAAACUUUCUGCAAAGCCAGCUUUGUUUUCCUGGGAAUUCGAUCUAGGGUUUCAUUUAUGUGUGCCUUAUCCAAGGACAAUAUAUGAUUAUGGAUGGCCACAUAAAAGACAACUGCAGGAUUCGACAAAGUUCAUAAAAGAGGGGGACGAACAUCAUGUGAAGCCAACACAAGAUCCAACUCCUUCAGAUGAAGGAAGGCACUUAGAAAACGAAAUUUCAGCUGGUAAGUUGGAUGGUUGUGACUCGGAGGAUGAAAAUGAUUCUAGUAAGAAAAAGAAGCGUGCGGCUCAUUCAGCUCCAAGUGAACGUUGUUCUGGCAAGGUUCCUAAGUUUGCGUGUUAUGAUGUCAGAGCUGAUCAGGUCAUUGAUCCUUACUCCAUUACUGAAUGCCUUCGUAUUUUAAAAACCAUGGGAGACAUACCGUAUCCUAUCGUAAUGAAAGCAACAGCUAAAUUUAAGUCACCAGCCGAAAGGGAGACUUUUGUUGGACUAACUGAAGAUUGGAAAAGGGAAUGGGUGAAAGAUUUAGAGAAUGAUACUUAUAUUUAAACUCUAAUAAGAAGGAACCUUCUUCUUUUUUUUUUUUUUUUUGGUGACCUCGGGAACUUUGUUUUGUUUGAAUUAAACUUUAUCGUGUUUGAACUUUCUUGUUUUCAUUAAUUUUUAGAAAAUGGUAUUAUUAAUUAUAUAUACUACGUACUGUGAUGACUUUGAUUUUUUUUUUGUACAGUAAUUGAUUUUUAUUUGUCAUUGGUUAGGCAUUAGUAAUAUACUUAAUUUCAGAAU